GGGCGGGACGACGCAGGCGCAGCGCGGGCGCGGGCCGGCAUGGGGCGCAGGAGGCCUGUUGGGCGUGGGGAGCCGCGGCGGGCUGUGGUCUUCGAUGAGGAGCAGCGGCGAGAGUACCUGACUGGAUUCCACAAGCGGAAAGUAGAGCGAAGGAAAGCAGCUGUGGAGGAAAUCAAACGUAAACUGAAAGAAGAGCAAAGGAAGAUGAAAGAGGAGCGGCACAAGGAGUACCUGAAAAUGCUGACAGAGAGAGAAGAGGCUCUUGAUGAGGCUGAUGAGCUGGAGCAUUUGGUGACAUCCCAGACAGAGUCUGUGAAUAUUGAUCACCCAAACCACACGGUAACAGUGACCACCAUCAGUGACCUGGACCUCUCGGGAGCACGCCAACUAGGACUUACCACUCAUGAGGAAAAUGCUGACUCUAGGGAAGAGGAGACAACAAGCAGGCCCACGAAAGUAUUGCCCAAGAAGUCUGGUGAUCCUUUGUUUUCCCAGAGGAUCUCUUUGCUCACUGCCUCGCUGCAUACACGCAACCAGAAAAAAGCUAAGGGAAAGCGGCUGAGACAUGGCCAAGACUCGCACAAGAAAAACCAGAAACCUAGUACUGGACGGACCAGCAAGUCCCAGCGCCGGAAACUGACUGGCAGACUGAGACAUAACCAAGACUGAAGGACAAACUGGAGUGGAAAAGAUCUGCCAGGAUAGGUUCUGCAUUUGGAGUUGGUCUCUAGCCUGUUGUGGAAGAGGACUUUCCUUGAUGGGAUUCUUGGUCAACAAGCAAUGCAAUGGAAGCCCCUCUUGUGGCCUCUUGGUCUGGGAAAUGUACAUGUGCAGGCUCUGAACCCAGGCCCAUGAGGUGAAUAUUAUUCACCAUUAUUUCCAUUAUUGUGGAAAGUAAUUACCACAAUGAACUAUCUUAUGUGCCGGGCAGUGUGUUAUCUCUUACGCCUGUUGGCAGGCUGUGGAUUAAUUUGGACUCUGUCCUUUGUGCAUCAGUCCAUCUGUUCCCUAGACUUCCCUUUCCCAAGGAAAGAGUGGGAAAUCUUGUUCCUUGCCUUACAAAAUGGAAGAGACAGAUACAGGGCAAACCAUAUUAGGAUGGUUUGUAGUGCAAGAGAGGGCUUUGCUUCCACCCACAUUCACAUUACCUGCUGUAUAAUUCCUCCUCUCCCAAAAAGACUGUGCGCCAACUUCAGCAUUUUGUGUGUUCCUUGUGCAGAGUUACAUCCGAGUGCAAGGGCACAUCCCCUUCUGCAAAUAACCAGAUUUUUUGAUAACUUCUCUGGGUGCAUAUCUUUAUAAACAGCCAUUUGUAAGAAAGCAAA